CUCACGGUCUCGAAUCGAAUUACGCAAUGUAAGUCACCUGAAGAAUGGCAAUUAACAGCUGGCUGAUACAUAAUAAUCCGAGAGGAGGUGAAAGCAGCAGAGACUCAGAGAAAGAGGAGCAUCGAGUGGCAGGUGAAGAAGACUCUGAAGACAGUGAUGCAGAGUUUGAUGAUGGCUUCAAAGUGCCUGGAUUUCUCUGCAGAAAGCUCUUUAAGGUACCAACAGACAGGUGUCAGGUGGCUGUGGGAAUUGCACUGCCAGUAGGCAGGAGGAAUUCUGGGAGACGAGAUGGGAUUGGGCAAGACCAUCAAGAUAAUUGCCUUUUUGGCAGGCCUGAGUUACAGCAAGAUCAGGACGCGUGGAUCGAAUUACAGUUUUGCACACCACCUGGCUUCAUUCUGUCUGGCUCCCCAGUUCAGAAUAACUUGAAAGAACUCUGGUCCCUGUUUAACUUUGUUUUUCCAGGAAAGUUAGGAAUGCUUCCUAUCUUUAUGGAGCAGCUUUCAGUCGCUAUUACUAUGGGAGGAUAUUCAAAUGCAUCGCCAGUUCAGGUGCAGACAGCACAUACAUGUGCUUGUGUUCUACAAGAUACCAUAAACCCAUAUCUUCUUUGGAGAAUGAAAGCAAACAAAUCUCUCCUUGCCAGGGAAAAAUGAAUAGGUGCGUUCUGCAGGUGCUCUUUUGUUGGUUAACAGAUGCCCAGCACCAAGUCUACCAAAACUUCAUUAAUUCCAGUGAAGUUUAUAAGAUCCUGAAAGAGAAGGGCAGAUGCCUUUAUCAAAUGUGACUUACAAGGCAAUACAAGGCACUGGUUCAGCGGUCGAGGUACCGAAGAGGCUUGAAAAAGCUAACAAGACGAAACCAUCAACACCAACACCUUGCUUAAGCAAAAUACACGCACAAGUCAUCACGCAAUAAAAGAAAACCUGGAAGUGUCUUUGUCUUUGACAAAGCUGAAAACGUUGGUGUUAAUGGUUCUAAAGUGACUAUGACAGAACAUGAAAAUAUGACCAUUGUUAAUGACAAUGGCAGCUACAACGACAGUUUUAAAAAGGAAACAAUUUCAGUUAUUGAACAGGCUUUGGCUUCUAGUGAUAAUUGUGGACAGGCUGCUGAUGUGCCAUUAAGUACAGAACACAAUAAAACUGCUCAGUGACCCAAACAAAAACAGUCCUCAGAAAAUAUAAGCGUUCAGAAGAUGCCAGGUUUGAAGGACACCGCAUACCACAUUUAGUUAAAAAAAGAUCAUAUUGAAGCUAAUGAAGAUUGGAAGAAAAGUGUUGAUUAUGUCUUGGAAAAACUUUUCUGAAAGUCAGUGUGAUAAAGCAUGAUUCCAUCAUGGAGGCCUCUAACCCGGACUGUGUGUUAGUGGAAGCAGAAGCUAAUAGAGUGGCCAAAGAAGCUUUGAAAGCACUGAAGGCCUCACGGCAGCGUUGCCUGGGAGCGUCUUCUGGCGUGCCAACAUAGACUGGCAGCAACGGUCUACCAGGAACACCAGCUGGUGGAAA